AAUUUACCUUCCUCUUCAUUUCUCAAAGACAGUCCAAAGAAUGGAAGAAAAACAUGUUCUCGACAGAAGAAUACGUUGAGAGGAAGUCGGCUGCAUCAGGUCGAGGAAGAUUUGACUAUUUGCAAGCACUGGUAACAGAAUUUCAGGAUACUGACAGUCAAGGUGCAAAGGUGCAGAUUUUGGCAAAUUUGGCAAACUUUUCCUAUGACCCAAUUAAUUAUGGGCAUUUGAGGAAAUUGAAUGUGGUUGACCUCUUUCUAGAUAUGAUCUCAGAGGAUGAUGCUGACUUGGUGAAAUUUGGCAUUGGAGGAAUCUGCAAUUUAUGUCUCGAUAAAGAGAACAAACAGAUCAUUGCUGAAAAUGAUGGAGUUGAGCUUAUUAUCAAAUGUUUGUCAAGUCCCGAUGAAGAAACUGUAAUCAACGCAAUAACAGCAUUGAUUUAUUUAUCAAGCCACUCAAAUAAAUCAGCUUCUGAGGAUGUCAUUGAAUGCAUGACGAAAUUUCAAUCAUCUUCAAAUAUCAGACUAAGAAACCUCGCUGUAAUCUAUUUGCAGGAUUGUUGUGGCCUGAAAGAGAAAUGAAGUUAUGAAUCCUUGUUCAUGUCAUGGCUAAUAUCAAAAUCACCUUUCAUGUCAACAACUUUUUCCAGUAUGAGCAAGUGACAGUCUUUACUGUGGUCUUAGAGAUGUUUCUAACAAAAAUACUGUUAGGCCUUGUCCUUACAAAGGAAUGAAGGAAGCGCAGUGAAAAGGAAUGCUGAACGUGGCACAGAGCAAAGCAUGACAUGGAUUUAUAUUUGAAAGGACUCCUCAGAACGUUCAUAGUUACAAAUUUUGUAAUCCAUAAAAACCAUGCUUUCAAUAGGGGUUUUCAGCCCACCCACUUAUAGUAUGGUGCCCGGUGCCUCCUGAGAUAUUUUAGUUGCAAAUCAGCAAAAAUAUCUAGAUAGAAUCACAUAUUUUUAAUGCAUGGAACUGCAAUAUUGUCUGGCAAUGUCAAUUAUCUCAUGUUUCUCCUGCCAUUCUGUCCUACUCUUUGAUUUGAAGAUUGGUAAACAAAACCUUUUGUUUUUUGCUAUUGCAUGAUGGUUUUUUCUGAGUGCUAAAUUGUGAAAGUUUUCGAAAGACUCUCCAAGGAAACUUUCCUAGAAAUAUGUUUUUAUAAUUUGCAUCUAAUAGCAGAGACAGCUUGGAAUAUAAACUUUAAGAAUCUCCGAAUUUUGUCUCCAUAUCACUAAGGUUUUAUUCUAUUACAAAGAAAACAAUUUCGCUACUCUUAUCCAAAGUUAUUCUCUUGUGUUUUCCUGUCUUGUUUUGAUCAACUCCCCAACAACAAAUCUUUCUUUCGUGUCCAAUCGAGAAAUUUGGCAUAAUCUACGUGAGGUAAAAUAGCUUCCCACCUUUUUAGACGAAACUCUAAGUUUUUUAUACAUGCUAAGGAUGCAAGAUUUUGUUUCGGAAUUACCUCAAAGUCCGGUUCGGUUUCUGUUAGGAAGACCAUUUAUUUCUAGGAACUGUGAUAAUCACUUUACUGAAACCGCUUGAUUCGUGAAGUUCCUCUUCGGAUAAAAACAAUUCAUGAAGUUCCUCUUCGGAUACCCGAGAUGUAUCAAAAGAGGUGGAUAAGCAUCCAAUGAGCUGUGAGAGGAAAGAUCUUUAGAACCGGAAAACUGUUUCACGGCCAUGUCCUUUGAAAAUAUAAUAAAAAACAAAUACACAUAUACUGCAUUUAUACAUACAGACAUCAGUAUAAGCAUAAGUAUAUGCAAGUUAAAUCGAAACAAAUUUACGCCAAUCCUACCUUUCUAGGAUACCUUUCGUUUGAAUCUCUUUCAUAAUUCAAAGCAUUUACAAUCCUUAAAUAAAUUGUGAGACUGCAUUGAGUUUUCGCCCCCUUCCGAGCCAAUCAAGCUGUUUUAAUUUAAGUAAACAUAGUAAUUAUUAGCUUCCAAACAACAUUGAGACGAGGGCAUUACAAUUUUUGUCGUCUUUCCUCCCUAGAUCUUGUGAACUUUUGAAUGCUCUCCUCUGUUUCCCAGACUCUUGCAACCUGUCUUUAUUCAAAACAAAAAUUGAAUUUCUUUAAAUUUAAUAUAUUUGGAAAUUUUAUUUCGUGACAUUGGAUUCUCGUCGUCGUAUUGCUUUGUUCCUGUAUAUCUUUCAAAAAUAAACAGCUUGAUCUUUCCUCUCUUUCUGAUCACCAGGGGAGUCGCGACCAGGGGUGUGGAGUCACAUCUCCCCCAGUGGUAUCCCGAAACGAAAUUUGAGGUAAAAUCCGCUAGGUUGAAGAAAUUUUUAGGAGAUUCAAAGACCUUCGUGCUAUGAAAUCAAUAAAGCACCAAGCAGGCUAAGGCAAUUGCUCCUUUGGUUUGCCUCUGAUUUUACCUUGAAGGUAAACAAAACUAAUCAUUAAUGGUUUCAAGACUUUUUGUUGGCACUUGAUCCAAAAAGCUAGGCCCUUGCGUCAGUUUUCUCUAAAGUUUCUUGGAAGAAGCGUCAAUUGCAUUACACAAUGAGCUCCAAAUCUUUUUACACGCGAAAGGAAUUCCAAGAUGGAGAGAGUGGUUACCUGCCUUUAAAAGUAACCAGACAACAUUGUGUUUGCUAGAUCAUAGCAAAAUG